UUAUCCAUACUAAUUACCCGUCUGUAUAAAAUAUUUGUAUUGUUUCCGACGUCACUAUCCGAACUAUUUGGCGUCGCGGAUGUAGCUACUCCUUUACCCGCCCCUCAGCCUGUUUGCCCAGAUUCAUCCGCGGUGGCUAAAGCGCGCUUGAAGAGGAAGCGGCCCGCGCUUCUCCAGAGGAAACACGUUCUCGUCGUGCGCGUGCAAGCGGCGCUUCAAACAAUAGAAGGUGAAGGUAUAUCCGUGCAGAGAUGUCUGGUGGCAGUGUGGUCCGGGGCCCUGCUGGAAACAACGACUGCCGCAUCUAUGUGGGGAAUCUGCCCCCUGAUAUCCGCACUAAAGAUGUCGAAGAUGUGUUUUAUAAGUACGGAGCCAUUCGAGACAUCGAUCUGAAAAACCGACGAGGCGGACCUCCAUUCGCCUUUGUCGAGUUUGAAGACCCAAGAGAUGCAGAGGACGCUGUUUAUGCCCGUGAUGGUUAUGACUACGAUGGCUAUCGUCUUCGAGUGGAGUUUCCCAGGAGCGGGAGAGGAGGUUUUGGUGGCGGAGGUGGAGGCGGCGGUGGUGGUGGUGGGGCUCCUAGGGGUAGAUAUGGACCCCCCUCCAGACGUUCAGAGAAUAGGGUAAUCGUAUCAGGGCUUCCACCGAGCGGGAGCUGGCAGGAUCUGAAGGAUCACAUGCGUGAAGCAGGUGAUGUAUGUUACGCUGAUGUUUUCCGAGAUGGAACUGGUGUGGUGGAGUUUGUUCGCAAAGAGGACAUGACCUACGCCGUUCGCAAACUGGAUAACACAAAAUUUCGGUCUCAUGAGGGAGAAACCGCGUACAUCCGUGUGAAGGUGGACGGUCCCCGCAGUCCGAGCUAUGGAAGAUCAAGGUCAAGGAGCCGCAGUCGCAGCAGGAGUCGCAGCCGCAGCAACAACCGUAGCCGAAGCUACUCCCCGCGCCGCAGUCGAGGAUCCCCGCAGUACUCCCCGCGCCAUAGCCGUUCCCGCUCUCGCUCCUGAUCGUGCCAUCUCGAAGCCCUUGAACCAUUUGUUUUUAGUCUUUACACAAACCCCAUGUUUUAAUUCCACCUUUCUUGUUUCAUGAGACAUUGAUCAUCUUAUGAAUGUCUUUCUGUCCUUUUUAAUUUUUUUCUCCCUGCAUUGGUUAUUUUUAAAUGUGCAUUUUUAACCAACUUUUCUUUUCCCAUUACUUUUUUUUUAAUACAAAGUGGAAGUCUCUUUCAUAGACCAAACAAAGGGUUAUGUAAUGGCUCCCAAUAUUUUUGUAAAUGCCAUGUAUGAAAGUUAUUCAUGGGAUAGUGGGUUUCUCAAUUGUUUUAUGCUGUCUUCCUCUAGACUUGAUGGAGAACUGAUGCUUUGUAAUAAAGGAUUGCUAAAUGUAA